UUUCUACCGACGAAAGCCCUUACAACUACUCCCCAACACUGGCUACAAGAAGCACCUUUUAGUUAGUUUCAAACCUGGGAUCUGUUGACAGAAAAGAGAAACAAACACAAUCAAGACUAGAUUCUGGUGGUAGGCUGCACAAGAAGGCUGGCCAUGGUUGGAAGGGGUAUCCUGGGUUGUUUCAUUGUGUUUCUGUCUUUGGCCUCAGUAUCCUCUAUAAAAGGAACCCUUAUUUCAAUAAAGGACCUCAAGGGAAUAGAGUUUGGUCACACCUCUCCUCGRCACGGCCUCAUGCUGCUCCACUGGCUAGCCAACAACAUUYWMAWKGACAACAACKGCAACAUGAGACUCAAUUUCAACCCAACCAGGGGAGACUAUGGMUUUCAUUUMUAUGGAAACAGWCCACCUUCAUUACCUAUUCUGCUUCCUGAAAGCGGAAKAUACUACUCACUAGGGAAUAUGAACUGUAUUGGCUCAAUGAUGGCACUUCCUGAUUAUGUAACUCAAAGAUUCUACAACUCARGGGGWSCUGAGAGCAACAGGGACAGGGUCAUACUCAGAGUUAGGGAGGAAGAGUCCAAUCAGUUCAUAGUAGACGAGGUCUAUGUCACACAGCACUAUCCACUAAAUGGAAACACAGGAASUGSCUAUGAUCCAGACAAUACAYACCKUGUCARUKUCARCCUCCUWASACAAAUCCAAMGUCUACCAACCAUUGGCCGAAAUGAGAUUCCAUGUAUAUAUAAUGUAGAGAUCAACCACAACAGUCUGCAAGAACUGGAAAACAUCUGGGGACACACACCUGGUCUGGCACUUCUUCUGGCUAUUGUAUUGUACUUUACACGUCCCAAAACCUUUUUAAUUAAGGAGCAAGCGUUUUGUUUCACAUCACAACCCCAGAGUGUCAUGGAGGAUAAGGAUAAUACAUUGAUCAAGCUUGAGGUGAAAACCACAGAUAGAGGAAAAGCCAGGAUCAUCUGGAGUGGGAUCCCCAAGARGCUAUUAGACCAGGGUGUAAUGGUGGUUCUUCAUAGGAACAAUAACCGUGACAGUAAGAGCGAGCUAGACAGAUCAUCAGUCGGGGGCCAAGCCUCUGGGAGCUAUAACACCUCAGUACCCCUUAACCCUGGUCUCCAGGUCAGGCUCCAUAAGGAGGUAAACAAUUGGUGGAAUUACUUGGGGUUUGGGUCCACAAUCGGAGAGGAGAUCUGGAGAGGUUCUGAGUUUCACAAUGCCAACAGAGAGAUUCCUGUUGAUAUUUUCGGACAUGACGCCAGUCUGCAGCUCUUCGUAAAGGAUGGAAAGGCCUGCGCUCGCCUGUACGUAAAGAAAUCCUUCAUUGCCUGGAAGAAAACGUUUAAUAACUCCUGGGUUGGGUUCUACUCUUCUGAAGGCACCUUGGAUCAUAAGACCUGGCAAUGGGCUGUUCAUUUCUCUAAGGAAAGCUGCUCUGAUUGGGCAGAUAUACCUGGGUAUGAUGUCUAUGUGUAUGAGUCUAGUAUGACCAUGUCUCCUGGGGUCCAGGCCAGAUUCAUACUGGAGAAAUCUGGGGGUGAAAAGGCMCGCACUCCACCCUGGGAGAGACUUGUCCAGGGGUGAGCUCACCUGAUAACAUGAUCUAUGAUGUUGAUUCUCAUUUUUAGCUGCUUGUGUAAUUGCUUUUGUUUAUGUUUAACAUUCAUGUACCCUGCUUUUCAUUUGGUUUAUUUUAGUUGCUAAUCUGUGUAAAGUGUWAAAGAGAAUCUGUUCCCAAAAAUCCCUUCUGUUCCUCUUUCAUUGCUAUUUUGAGGGGAUGACUACAGGCUGGUGGUGUGGGUGGAUGACUUGACCUGUCCUCAUGACAAAUCAUUCAGUACAUGACAUUUUAUGUUUCUCUUUGUGAUGUAUCAUGGGCUGGAGAUGUUUAUAUGGAAAGGGGGGAUACCUAGCCAGUUGCACAACUGAAUGUAUUCAACUAAAUGUAUAUUCCGCAUUUAAUCCAAACCCUCUGAAUCCACGUCAUCGGUGCCCGGGGAACAGUUGUUGGGGGUUAAUUGCCAUGCUCAAGUGCAGCACAAAAUGUUUUUCCACCUUUGCGGCCUGGGGAUUUGAACAAGUAAUCUUACUGGGUUGCUGACCCAAUGCUCUUAACCACCAGGCUAUCUGCUGCAUUUGUGUGGUGGGGACUGUGUUGAUUGGUUCUGUUUGUUGGUGUUAAUUCUUGUGUUUUGUGAAAAUUCUAUGAAAAUUGAAUCACAAAAAAAGUUACAUGAUAAAUUCAAGAGAAAAUAUACAAUAAAAACCUAAGA